GUCUUCAAUAAGCUCUUUCCGUUCGGUCCUGCCGGGAAUGCGCUGCUUGCGACAACGUACAUCUCCGGGCCACCAAACUUGAUCUUGGCUUUGAUUCCGUCGGACAUCAACGUGUCGUCGUUGAGCUUGUUGGUGAGCUUUGCCAUUGGUGGGCUUUUGGGUGACGUGUUCAUGCACCUCUUGCCGGAGACAUUCACGGGCCAGUCGGUCGACCUCGUUGUUGGCGACCAGGUGUACGUGCUGGUAGACAACCGCAAGAACGUGCUGCUUGGGAUCGGCAUGUUUGUCGGGUUCUUGCUGUUUUUCGGGAUUGAUAAGCUGAUGCGGAUCAUCGAGCACACGGGCAACGCAAGUGCCGGCGGCGCCAGCGGCCACUCCCACUCCCACUCCCACUCGCAUGCUUCUGCGACCAGCAGCGGUCUCCCUGAGGAGAAGUCUGGGGAGCUGAAGCAAAGAGGGGCCAAGAAAGACGGCUCUGCGGCCACAGCCACAGGCGCCGCCACAGAAACAGAGGCGGUGAUUGCCAACCCGAACGCGUCGAUCAAGACGUCUGCGUACUUGAACCUCAUCUCGGACUUCACACACAACAUCACCGACGGCCUUGCCAUCUCGUCGUCCUUCUACAUCUCCAAGAGCGUCGGCUGCACGACGGCUAUUGCCACCUUCAUGCACGAGAUCCCCCACGAGGUCGGCGACUUUGCCCUUCUCAUCCAGGGCGGCUUCACCAAGUGGCAGGCCAUGGGGUCGCAGUUUGUCACCGCCGCCGGCGCCUACCUGGGUACGUUCAUCGGCAUCGCGUUGCAGCAGAGUCUCGAGAAGGACCGUGCCGCCGCCUCCGCAAUGGCCUCCUCUCUCGACUCCUCGGCGCCAAGCGGCCUCUUUGGCACCAGCCUCUCCUACGGCGACAUGACGUUGCCCUUCACCGCCGGCGGGUUCCUCUACAUCGCCUUCAGCGUGAUUCCAGAGCUGCUCGAGACCGAGGAGGACACAGACCGCAGCGCCGAGCUCGCCAAGUUCGCCAAACAGCUUGUGUGCAUGUUCCUGGGCAUUGGCUUCAUGGCCUUCAUUGCCCUCAACGAU